AUGAUCCGACCAGGCUCCAAGGAGUCACAAAUUUAUGAUAACAAUAGUCAGAAAGUUUAUCCUCAGCCAAUUGAUGAAACUAUGAAUCAGAACAUGGACACGAUGGACAGUAUGAUUGGAAGGAUAUUCAACAACAUAUCCUCUUUAAAAGCUGCAUACAUUCAGCUGCAGGAAGCUCACACCCCUUAUGACCCGGACAAGAUCCAAACUGCUGAUAAGCUUGUCAUAGAUGAGCUCACGAGGCUUUCAGAACUCAAGCAUACUUACAGAGAGAAAAAUCCUAAGCCAGUAGCAGCAUCACCUCAAGAUUCACGCUUGCUUUCUGAAAUACAGGAGCAGCAGAACUUGCUAAAGACAUAUGAGGUCAUGGUGAAGAAGUUCCAGUCACAGAUCCAGAAUAGAGAUACCGAGAUUACCCUUUUACAGCAGCAAAUCGAUGAGGCGAAGCAUCGGAAAUCAAAGCUGGAGAAGAAAUUGAAACAGAGGGGCUUACUUAACAAAGAAUCUGAGGAAUCUGAUGAAGAAGAGAACUACUUCUCUAUUGAGCUGACACCAAGUUUAUUUACAUCUGCUGCUGAUAAUGCAUACCAAUCAAUACACGAUUUCUCAAAGCCCUUGAUCAACAUGAUGAAAGCUGCUGGGUGGGAUCUCGAUGCGGCUGCUAACGCAAUUGAACCUGAUGUAGUUUACACAAGGAGAGCUCAUAAGAAGUAUGCAUUUGAGUCCUAUAUCUGCCAAAGAAUGUUCAGUGGUUUCCAUGAAGAGAGCUUUUCCAUCAAGGCUGCUACUGCCAGUGUGUCCAAUGAGGCUUUCUUCCACCAGUUCCUUGCAGUGCGAGCCAUGGAUCCUCUUGAUGUAUUGAGCCAGAACCCAGAUUCGGUUUUCGGGAAGUUCUGCAGAAGCAAAUACCUGUUACUUGUGCAUCAAAAAAUGGAAGGCUCUUUCUUCGGUAACAUGGAUCAGAGAAACUACGUCAUGAGCGGUGGCCAUCCAAGGACAGCUUUCUAUCAGGCAUUUCUCAAGUUGGCGAAGUCCAUAUGGUUAUUGCAUAGGCUGGCAUACUCUUUCGAUCCAAAGGUCAGGGUCUUCCAAGUGAAAAAGGGAAGCGAGUUCUCGGAGAUUCACAUGGAAAGUGUGGUGAAGAACAUGGUCUUGGAUGAAAGUGCCGACAGGCCUAAAGUAGGUUUAAUGGUGAUGCCUGGUUUCUUGAUUGGGACUAGCGUCAUACAGGCCCGAGUGUACCUUUCAGAUGUUAAAUAUGCUGACUGA